AUGGAAUACGAACCUCCAUUUUUAGAGAGCUACAAGAGCCUUCUACAAAGCUCGUUGGGUGCCGAUGUUGGUAUAAUUAGUGACACAAGAAAUGACAAAUCCUCUAUGGUGGAGAGGUGUGAGCUACCUCUAAUUGAUCUAUGUCGGUUAAGUGAUGAUCACUUUGAGAGGGAAGAAUGCAUGAAAGAAAUCAUUGGAGCCGCUAGAACAUGGGGUUUUUUCCAGGUUGUGAAUCAUGGGGUUCCACAAGAGCUAUUGCGCAGUUUGCAGUACGAGCAAAUGAAAGUGUUCCGCAUCCCUUUUGCAAGUAAGUCUCAAAAGAAUUUCUUGAACUUACCUGCCAGAAGUUACAGGUGGGGUAACCCAUUUGCUACUAAUUUGAGCCAAAUUUCAUGGUCGGAAGCUUUCCACAUGUUUCUUCCAGAUAUAGCUAAGAUCGAGCAGCACCAAAGUCUAAGAUCAAGUAUUGAAGCUUUUGCAUCAGUAGUUGCCCCCUUGGCAGAGACCUUGGUGCACAUUCUAGCUCAGAAACUUAACAUCAAAUUCAGCUAUUUUCAAGAGAACUGUUCAGCAAAAACUAGCUUUCUUCGCUUGAACAGAUAUCCACCAUGUCCAUUCCCUUCAAAGGUGUUUGGCCUCUUACCUCACAGUGACUCAAGUUUCCUCACUAUAGUGCAUCAAGACCACAUUGGAGGGUUGCAAUUGAUGAAAGAUGGAAUUUGGUUUGGUAUCAAACCUAACCCUGCAGCUCUGGUUAUUAAUAUUGGUGAUUUAUUCCAGGCACUAAGCAAUGACAUUUACAAAAGUGCGAGACACAGAGUGGUGGCAGCUGAGAAGGUUGAGAGAUUUUCUGUGGCAUAUUUCUUCAACCCCUCGAAAGAUGCAGUGAUAGAGAGCCAAAUGAUGCCAUCGUUGUACAGGAAGUUUACUUUUGGAGAGUACAAAGAACAGACAGAAAAAGAUGUUAAGGAAACAGGUGAUAAAGUGGGGCUCUCAAGGUUUCUCUUGCACAAACAAAGAACAAUGACACCCCAAGAAAACUUUGAGCAAAACGCGAUGAGUCUGUCACAUCUGAUCAUAGAUGCCGGAAUCAGGACCACAUAG